UCGUUUCAUUUCGCUAUCUUUCUAUUUCGUGAAUAUCUCUUUUUUUUUGCCGCGACAAAAUGCUUCCGUCUUCCACUCUCCUAUCCCUCGCCGGACCCGGCGUUCCGGCCUCCUUUUCCGGCGAAAUGGGUCAUCCCGAAACCAAGUAUUCUUCAAAACCCAGAAAGGUUUUCAGUAGUUUGUCCAAAAAUGUUAUUCCUUUACAACGGCACAGCAUCAAUGGUUUGAGUUUGAAAAAGAGGAACUCACUUUUGAGCUUUGCAUUCGGUAAAGAAGCCAAGGACAAUUCUUUCUCGGAUGUAGGUGAAGAAGAUACCGAUGAGAUGUAUGAUGAAUUAUUAAAUAAUUAUGGAAAAGUGGUAUAUAAGAGAAAAGACCAAAAGCCUGCAAGUGCAGAGAUUGACGAUGAUGCUGAAAGCCUAUCAUUUGCUGUGGAAAUGGCGACAGUUGCAAGUGAGGUUAAGGCAGGGGAUAUAAAGGUAUUGUUUGUGAAGCCACUUGUUUACUGGACUCGAUUUUUUAUCAUAGCUACGGCAUUUUCUCGUCCCCAAAUUGAUGCUAUCGGGUCGAGAAUAAGAGAUCGAGCUGAAAAGAAAUAUGGUAAAAUUCCAAAUGGGGACACAAAACCCAACUCAUGGACCCUAUUGGACUUCGGUGAUGUUGUUGUCCACAUAUUUCUUCCCCCACAAAGAGAGUUCUAUAAUUUGGAAGAGUUUUAUGCUAAUGCAACAGCGGUAGAGCUGCCUUUUGAAAAUCAACCACCAUUUCGCGGUUGAGGGAAACCUAUGAUUCAUUCGACGAUGCAGAAAGUCGAUUAAUUGAGAUAGCUUUGAGAUGACCAAUAAUUGUUGCCGGUUUCGGUCUGUUUACUGUAUGAUGUAAACAAUUCUAUACACUUAUCCACACAAGACUUUUCUUGGGUGAAGAGUGAAGGCUCAUUCCAUUGCACAAAGGAAAAGGACAGAAUCAAUCAAUUCAAUGCAUUUAGUUUCUUUCUUAGCAUGGUAUCUCUACUAAGAAAAUUGUAAUAGACGGGGUUUGGAUAGAGGGUUGUAAACUAGGAAUCUAGAUUAGAAUUGUUUGUAUUUCUCAACUGAUAUUGUGAAUCUAUCUAUAUUUAUUUGGUAUAGUUUGAAAUUAUUUAUUGUUCUCUAAAA